UCCACUGUUUAAGCGCAAUCUGGAUCCGUCUCUCUAAUUAGUUUUCCACCGGAAAUGGACGCACACGGACGGUUGUUUCUGAUUUCUUCGUUUGCCGUCAGUUUCACACUUUGCGUGGCAUCCCAGCUGAUGCAGGACCAACAUCAGCUGAAAGCAGCAGCAGCAGCAGCACCACCAGAGAGCCAUUUUCGACUCGUUAGCGAUGGGACGGUGUUGAUUUUACAUUUCAUCUACCUCGUCCGUUCCCGUGAUUCGGAGCUAGUUAAUCCGGUGGAAUCGUUUCGGUUUAUUCUGGCCACGAAUGGACCUCAAUUGGCGAGUGCUUAUGUUUAUAUACAAUUCUUUUCAUCAGUGAUCGGCAAUCACUACAUGACACUUUGUGCGUGCGACAUCAUCGUAGAAUACGUGGACAUUUUGUUGGAACAUCGUUUUCGAAUAAUUGCAACGAAUCACCACUGGAGACGUUCUAUAGCUUUAGGAUCAAACCUACUUCUGACAGUAUUUAACUGCUGUAGUAUUCAUUGGACGACUCCCAGCUACUGCAUUUACAUGAAAGUCCUUUUUAUAAGUUUUUGGAUGCUUAAAAUAUGGCUUAAAAUUACCUCUGCUGAAUUUGGUGGACAAGAUCUAGCCUUGCCUUUAUUAUCAACCAUUAUCUUAUUGAUGUUCCUAAUAGCAAUUAAAGAGCUCAAAUGCUUUCCAUCCGAUAUCGCAUCAGCGAAUCAGACUAUCCUGCUUCCCCUGUACGAGCACCUAAUUCGGGUGAAAUGUCCAGAACUUCCGAUAAUCGUUUCCUGCUACUAUUCCGGAUCCAUGAACAGCUACUUUCUCGCUUUGGAGCCCAGUCUGGUGGCAGCUCAGCUGGAACACUUACCCUGCGUUUUCAAGCUGUUCAACAGAGACACUAAUUCUCCGGUGCUGUUGCUGGUGGCAAAAUUUGUCAUCACAUCGAUUGUGGUUGGCUAUUUGAAGGAUGAUUACGACCUGCUGGGGACAAUCUGGAAUGUGCUGCUUCUUAUGAAUGCUUUCGUUUUUGAUUGCGCCCUGAUGACGAGGAACUGCCACCAUGCGGCGUGUUCCAGCGGCGGUAAACUGCAACAGACUGCAAAGUCGAUAGUGCAUCUUGGAUUUCAACUUGCCAAUAUCGGAUGGAUCUAUCAUCGCAUGACGGGAUUUGCGGUUGUGGUGAAAUUUCUACUGCUGGUGAUUGUGGUGUCGAAGGUGGUGUUCAAGUUGUUUGACAACGGUGUCGUUAUUGCGUAUUGCAUCAACACGUUAAAAAUGGAGUGCCAUAGCCAACCGAGUGACGACUUUGCGACGGAUAAGGAGAAAAAGGACCUGCUGGAAAGUUUGGUGUGAUGGAUAGGUAUUAGUAUCUGUAAUUUCGAGAGCUACUGACGGAUGUUGUACAGCCUACAUUCAAAGAAGGCUUGACAAAGCACGACCAAAUUUGCUCGAAUUAACUAACUGCAAUCAUCCGUAACAGCGGAACAAUCGCUGGAGCAGUCAAUUCGGGGUAAACAUACACAGACGGUCAAGGUUAAUUCAAUCGUUAAU